GAAAGUUUCACGGGAAUUCACCCUCGCUGCCCUUCUCGGCCCCAGUCGCCGGCGGUUCGAGGGCAAGACGAAUCCGCGGAGACAAUAGAAGAGGAAACUAUGCUCGUGGACGGAAACGCGUCGCUGCUCACGGUUUAGGACGCGUCGAUAAAGCUAACGUCGCUCGAGGGACAGGAUCCGUUGACCAGGAAAGGGAUUCCUCGCGAUCACGAUGACACGGAGAAGAUCGACGGAAUUGUGUAGGUGGCUACUGUUGGCUGGGCUCGUCUGCUGUUCGUCUUGUCAAAGCGUCUCGUCCACCUUCGAGAACAAAACUGGCCAAGGCGAUAGCAAACCUCGUGUGUUUUCGCCCCGAAUGGACUACGACGAGUGGACGCCCCUGGGCCGUGGGGAUCCGUUGAAGAACAAUCCGACCUUCGACUACGUUCCUCCGGUUCUCGAUCGCGUUCAAUACUGGCUGGAUUCCCACACCACGGAGCCGUCCGCGAAACGGGACAUCCUCGUUCUGGGCGUCACCGCGAAGAAGACCAGCCCGAAGAUACCGGAACAGUUCCUGAAGUUCGUCGACGGGCCGAAAUUCACGCGAUCGAACCAGGACGUGUCCUACAGGAACGACUUCACCGGAAGCACGGGCGCGGAACCGCCGAAAGUGGUGCGCACGUCGAACUUCCGGAACGGACCGAUCGACUAUAGGAAUCAGAACAGGAUACAGUCGGUGCCAGCCAGCUACUACCCCAGUCCGUACUACAAUCAGAAGACGAAGCCCUACACGAUGAUGUUGCCGCCGCCGUUGGUCCAGAAAGACAAGAUCGUCAGUUUCGCCGAGCCCACGCAACAGUUCAGCACUCAAACGGAGGAAGGACCGGCGCUCCAGGACACUCAGUUCUACGCUGUACCGUCCAAGAAUUACAAUCAACAUCCGCCUCCGCCUCAGUCUCCAACGAAGUCCCAGUCCUCGAACUCGUUCAAACCGUCGAGCAAAGGCACGAUAGUGUCCCAGGUGGAGACGAUAAAGAGCGUGUACGCUCCGUCUUCCGUGCAGCCUACGAAGUCGAGGUACGAGGCGGUCACGACCCCGUCCGUCUCCUUCGAGAAGUCGAAUUUGAUUUAUCAGUCGACUCAGACUCUGUCCGGCGGUUGGCCAGCCAACAACGGUCCUGCCUCGACGCCAACCACGUCAGACGCGAGCCAGUCCGUCUGGCGGACCCCGGACUACUCCAGGGACCAAUACGAGAUCGACCACCAUGUCGCGGCCUCGUCGAACCACGAGGUCGUGGUCGAACAGAACGCCAACAUAAUCGUGGACGGGGACAGCAACGAGAACGAGGAGGUGGUCGUGGGUCAGAAGGAGGCGGUUUCGACGGAGAAACCGAUCGUACAAUCGUCCGCGAACUCGUCGGAGAACGCGAAGGACGAAGAGUCCGAGAAGAUGCAUAUCGUCGUGGCUAAUUCCCCGGCUAGCCUGGACGUCGAGGCGCAAACGACGAAGAAAGGCCCAGUGGCCGUGGUGAUGCCCAUGAAUUACCCGGAGAAGAAGCCGAACCUCGCUUCUCAGAGCUCGAACUCGUCGGAGCAGAGCGUUUCGGAGAACCUGACGAUGGCGACGGAGACGUCGAGCGAGAAAACGCCGAAAUCUCAGCCCCAACCCGUCAGAAACUCGGUGACCGGUUCCCCGAUAUUCCAAGACCCCCAAUCCUCCGUCGUUUUGCCCAACAGAAUGGCGGCUCCUCAUCAACACGUUGCAUCUCAGCCCACGGCCAUGCCGCCGCUCUCCCGUUACCCUGUCGGCUCCCUCCACAUGUUCGGCGUUCCCCAAGCUCCCCUUCAAUCCAUGAUGCACUCCCAGCCCAGGCCGAAUCACGCGAUGAUGCACUUCUUGGGCAGCAUGCGUCCGAACAUGGGCUUCCGGUUGCCUGGCCCGAUGUCGAUGUUCCCGCCGAUGGCCCACAUACACGCGCCGCCCUCGAAACCGAUGAUGAAUCACAUGGGAGCACCCAUCGCUAUGGAUCAGUCUCACCGACCCCCUCAGAUGCAAGAUUUCUCCGCGGGCUUCACUAAUCCGCCAGCCUCGUCGUCUUUGACCGCGCAGACGAUGGACGAGCAACCCUUCGAUCAUCAUCGAUCUCGCGCCCCAGACACCACGACGUUGAUCACCACGCCCACGCCGUUCCUCUCCACCGCCCCCACCGAUAACCCACCCGUUAUCGUAGACGGUCAGGAUACCGAGAAACCGAAUCGUUCGCCCGUCGAGGAGUCCACGACCACCCCCCAGGUGACGACCGUGCCCAGCCUGACCACGGAUCCAAUUUUCUCGCAUUACAAACAACCGGCGAAACCUAUUCGCGGUCCGAUGUACUUCAUCAUUCAGGGCCACUCGAAGGUGAAGACGUACAAACCUACCGUGACCAAGCACGGUAUGCCGACCCAGAAGAACGAGAACGUCACCGAGAGGCAGCUCUCGAAGUUCGAGCAAUUCAUCAAGGAGAACACGAAGAACGAGAACGUUGGUAACGCGAUCGCGGAGAAGAAGAAGGCCGAGGAGAAAGCACGGGCCGAGAAGCUCGUGCAAGCUAGUCAGAACAGUCUGAUGAGCCUCGUGGAGAGCGGUUUGGGCAGCUUCACCGUGUCGCCUUCCUCGUCCGCGACGGAGGAGGACCACCAGGCGAACUCCGUCACUACGAUCGAGAUCAAUGGCAACUAGGUCCCCCGUUAAUCGCGUUUGAAAACAUUUUACCGCGAAAGUGAAUCGACCAGUGAGCAUCGAUUCCGGAACGUACGGGAAAUCGAUCGAUCGAACUGCGCGAAUCUGAACACUCGCGCGAGAAUC